AUGAGGUCACGUAAUAGAUCUUUGAGUAUGGCCAUAGAUGGUCCCACUUUUGAACAAAAGUCCACUAAAUCCAAAGAGUCGGUAUUCGAACUAAAGGAGCUUUUUAACUUACUCAAGUAUGAAUGGCCACAAUGUCUUCAAGAAAAUGCCAACCCAAUUGAAAUGGCAGUCGCUCUUCUUGACGAUACUUCCGUUGGGUUGGCACAUAGGUAUCUGGAAUUUCAAGGGCUUUCUAAACAAACACGCACGACAUUAAAGCAUGUUGUGAAUGAUCAUCAUGAACUUUUCAAUAAUAGUAUUGGAUCUUACCACAUGCUAUUAUCCGCCUUAGAUGAGUCACAAGAAGACUCUUCUCAGAUUCGAAACAUAUUAGAAACGACAACGAAGGACAUUCAUAAUCGAUCGGAUGUACUCAGUGAAUUGAAUCAAUCCUCACUCAAGUAUGCAGAAAUGCUCGACAUUUUGGAAGCAAUUGAGGAAUUGAACUCAAUCCCAGAAAAGAUAGACCAAUUGGUAAAUGAUAAGAAAAUUCAUUUAGUUUAUGAUACAAUUCACAAUGCAUACAACAAAGCCGAAAAGUAUAAAUUAUGGUCUUUGGCCGCAAUGAAUGGUGUGCACAACUAUCUUGAGAUGCAAUCAAACAACUUGUUUAACAUGAUUGUGGAUGAAUUGCAGAACGAAUUGUAUUUUAAAAAUGUCUCAAUUGUACCUAACGCAGAUACUUCACUUUAUUCUUGGCAAAACUUGGUGUACUCCGAUAAUCCUAGACUCUCCUCAUUCAAAACAAUGUUCUCGAGUCUGUUCAGUCUAGAACAGUACAUAUACAAUUCAGCGAACUUAGACAUAUCUGAAAUAGCAGAUUGUAUCAACGAACCAACUGAGAUAUUCAUCAAAACUCAAUUACCCAAGAUACACAAUCAUUUUAAGAGUAAUGGGAGUGAAGUUGACUAUUCUAUUUUAUUAGACUCCAGUCUGAAUCCCAUCACAGAAUCUUUUCACUACAUUUAUAUGUUGUUAAAUACCGCGUUCAAGUUGAACCGUCUAAACCAAAUACUGGAAAUAUUGAUUGGUAACAACCAACUGGAAAUACACGGGUUAUUUGACAGAACAACAGAGGAAGUUAAACACAAAAAUGCACAGCAACUCAAUAAACUCAAUAAGCUUCAAAAUUUGGAUGAUAUGAGGGCAUCUGAGUCUAUUGGUGCCAAUUCUUUCAAUGAUGCAUCUGUUUCAGUUUUGCAGGAUUUGUUUGGUGGUGUCUUCAUUAUGAGCUUAGCCGUUUUACAGAAGCAUAGAAUUAUCAGCGAAAUAAUAGAUCUUAUAAUCAAAGGACAGAGUAUCCCAGGGACAGCCAGAUCUACCGCUUCAUACUCGUCUGGUUCUAACUUAGUACCUUCUGAGUUCUAUGAUUUCCAUUCAGUUUGGAACGUUUUUCAAAAGGAAUUACAGGCAUUGAUGAUAAACUAUAUCCAUAACGACCAGACUAUACCUUCAGGAAUAAAGGAUAAACUUCCUACUAUUAAGAAUGAUAAAACCUUCAACAGCCUUGUAAAAUCAGAUCUUUUUAAACUUGAGAAUGCAUUACAUGAUAACAACUCCCAAAAGUCAAGAGAUGACCUACAGAUUAUUCUCGACAAUAUGUUUCCUGGGGUUUUACAGUCUAAAGAAAAUAAGCCGGAGUAUGAUCUCGUAGAUAAUAUGUCUCCCUAUAUAAAGACAGACACUUUCAACGUAAUGGUAGAAGUUCUUGUUCCCAGAAAUCUCCUCAACAUGAGGAUUGUCUUAGAAUUCUUGUUGAUAUUUGUUGCUGGGUCUGAAAAACUAUUUCAAAUAAAGCAAGGUGAGAGCCAGAUGUUGGUGCUAGAACCAAAUGCAGCUAUUAACUUUUUUACGACUUUUAUGAAAUAUUCAUUUUUGAAAUACUUGAGGCUAGAAUUGGAGCAACAGUUCAGAACCACAAUGUUUGAUAUAACAUCAUACUCUGAUCACGAACCACGUGCUUUGGAACCUUUGGAAAUUUUCAAGAAGGAAACGAUUUCUUUAAGUAAUGUUGAUUUAUCAGACCCAGUCAGAACAUUUAACACGUCUGGAAGUCUGACAUCAAUCAUUUAUUUAAACGCCUUCGAUUUCAAAGACGUUUUUUUGAACUUGUGUUCUUUAUUGAAUACUUCUUUGUCUUAUAGACCAGAUUUUAGUGACCUUGCAUUGAGCCUUGUUCAAAAGAUGACAGAUGCUUAUAUCAAUUUUUAUGAUAUUGUAUUGGCAGGAGAAAGGAGCAGUUCCAUAAGUGGCUUAAAUGCAACCUACUCAGCUAAACCCACUCUGCAAAUAGGUUCUUGGAUGCAUAUGCCAGCGUUGACUGAGGUUUCAAAACUCAUAUUACAAGCUGCAUUGAGUGAAACUGAGCUUAACUAUUCGGGUCUUUGCUUUAAGGAAACUCAGAUAAUUCUUCACGACAGCGAGAGCUCUAGCAAUGUUUUUGAAAUCUCUAAAGAUGACUACCUCGACAGUGAUUCUAUUAGCCACAUAUGUUGUUUGUUCUUGACAACAAGUUGGAUAUUGACUUGGUUGCCGGCUAUGAAAAGAGAAUCAAAUUAUUCUGUUGAUGGCAGUGAAGAUGAUACUGUUCACGUUCCUGCGAUUGACAGAUUGAAACAUGAAUGGUGCUUUUUAGAGAAUGGAAGAGCGAGCCUAAACUCAAAAACUAGUGAAGGAGAUCUUAGGCUGCAAGAUAUUUUCAUAGCUCUAAAUUCUGAAAGAACUUUUCAGUUUAACGAACUUAUAAAGGGCCUAGAAACUGUGAGAUACAAUUGCAUUUUAGCAUUAAGGUAUGACUUGAGAAGCAGGGCAAUUUAUUACAUAGGUAACUCGUUCAAGCAGAAUAAUUGGUGCUUGGUCACGGAGCCAGCUGACUCAGAUCUGUUCAUAGGACAGCUUAGUAAAGAUCUUUUCUCGCUUCACAAUAAGUUAUCGAUGUCUCUUAAUGAAGUUGAAAUUCAAAGUAUUUUUGUUGGUUUCCCAGAACUUGUUGAUAGGUUACUUAUCCAGGGAUCCGAAAUGAUCAAAAAGAUCAACAGCAAUGGAAUUAAGCGGAUAAUGUUGAAUAUCCUUACACUUCAACAAACCAUCAAGAACCUUAUGAGAAAUUCUGAGCCGGUUGACUUUUCGCGUUCCUCCUCAUAUUUUAAUCUCUUUACUAUGAAUGAAUAUACUUUGCUUAGUACCGUGAAAUCAGAGCCAGACGAGUUUGCCUUGGGAGAACUCUAUAAUUUGGCGAGGCUUAUAUAUAGCGAAAAGUUGGCAGAUGGUAAUGGGUCGAACUUCAACAAAUCGAAGUAUAAUGACUUAAUAAAAAAAAUGGAGGAAUCCUUACAUUAA